CGGUAAGAUUUGGUCCAUAUUUUCAUUGCAUAGCUAGUUUUGGGAAGCUUGCCAUAACAGCGAUAAAGUUACGUUAGUUACAGCUGAAAGGAGGCUGAUACAACAAUGAGAUCAGUUUUAGGUGUGCUGUUGUGUUCCUGGGCCACCCUUUCGGUCCAUGGCCUGUACUCCCCCAGCGAUGACGUGGUUGAGCUCACUCCCUCCAACUUCAACCGGGAGGUUCUGCAGAGCGACAGCCUUUGGCUGGUGGAGUUCUAUGCCCCCUGGUGUGGACACUGCAAAAACCUGGUACCUGACUGGAAGAAGGCUGCCACUGCUCUGAAGGGCAUCGUGAAGGUCGGUGCUGUGGAUGCAGACCAGCACAAGUCUCUUGGCGGCCAGUUCGGCGUGCGGGGCUUCCCCACCAUCAAGGUCUUUGGAGCCAAUAAGAACAAACCAGCGGACUACCAAGGUGGCAGGAGUAGCCAGGCUAUAGUGGACGAGGCUCUGAAUGCCCUACGCUCCCUGGUCAAGGACCGGCUAGGGGGACGCACAGGAGGCUCUGACUACACUAAACAGAGUGGAGGGGGCAGUGGGGGUGGCGGUAAGAAGGACGUGGUUGAGUUGACGGACGAUAACUUUGACCGGACCGUGCUGCAGAGCGAUGACGUGUGGUUGGUGGAGUUCUUCGCCCCCUGGUGUGGCCACUGCAAAAACCUGGAGCCAGAGUGGGCUGCCGCUGCCUCUGAUGUCAAGGAUCAGACCAACGGCAGAGUUCGUCUGGGAGCUGUGGAUGCCACUGUCCAUCAGAAUCUGGCUAGCCGUUACGGGAUUCGGGGGUUCCCCAGCAUUAAAAUCUUCAAGAAAGGAGAGGAGCCAGAGGACUACCAGGGAGGCCGCACCCGUUCUGACAUUGUUGCUCGCGCCCUGGACCUCUUCUCUGACAACGUGCCCCCGCCCGAGAUCCUGGAGAUUGUCAGUGCGGACGUCUUGAAGAAAUCCUGUGAGGACAGCCAGCUGUGUGUCAUCGCCGUGCUACCUCACAUCCUGGAUACAGGUGCGGCAGGUCGUAACAGCUACCUGGAGGCGCUGAUGAAGAACGCUGACAAGUACAAGAAGAAGAUGUGGGGCUGGUUGUGGGCAGAGGCUGGUGCCCAGAUGGAGCUGGAGUCGGCGCUGGGCAUCGGGGGGUUCGGGUACCCCGCCAUGGCGGCCAUUAACGCCCGCAAGAUGAAGUUCGCCCUCCUCAGAGGCUCCUUCAGCGAGACGGGCAUCCAUGAGUUCCUCAGGGACCUGUCCAUGGGCCGCGGCUCCACUUCUACCGUCGGGGGAGGAGCCCUACCCAAGAUCUACACCGUGGAGCCCUGGGACGGCAAAGAUGGAGAGCUGCCUGUAGAGGACGACAUUGACCUGAGUGACAUCGAUCUGGACGAUUUGGACAAGGACGAGUUAUGAGUCCUCGUAUGAGGCCCAAGCAUGAUAAGGGAGGGGCUGGCCGUGUGUCUGUGUGUGUGUCUGUGUGUGUCAGUCAUUGUCACAAGGCCUGUGGCAUACCGGUGAGGGUAUGAGGGCGAGACGAGACGAGGGCGAGUGCUGUCUCUCGGCCUGCUGGUCUGUCAGGGUGGAUGUCUUUGUGUGUGAGCAAGGGGUAGUAUGCUAUUCCCACACUGCCUGUGUGUGUGUGUGUGUGUGUGUGUGUGUGUGUGUGUGUGUGUGUGUGUGUGUGUGUGUGUGUGUGUGUGUGUGUGUGUGUGUGUGUGUGUGUGUGUGUGUGUGUGUGUGUGUGUGUGUGUGUGUGUGUGUGUGUGUGUGUGUGUGUGUGUGUGUGUGUGCGCGCGCGCCCCAUCUCCUCUGGUUGAAGGGGGGGUAACCAGUCCGCCCCGUUACUGACGCUCACCAUUAGAGAACCAAAACAGGCAGACACGUGUGCAGCUUUCCCAUACACCUCGAUUCACAGUAGAGUCAGUGGUCUGUGUGUGUGUGUGUGUGUGUGAGAGAGAUCUUCAAUACUGUACAGCUUCACUGAUUAGCUCUCUCUAGAGAAUGUGUGUGUGUGUGUGUGUGUGGUCAUUUCCUCUGGAAAUAAGAGAUACUUCUCUCCUACAGCUAGACCUAAAGAGUUCAGUCCAGUUCAGGAAACAGCAGCAGCAAAAAUCCCUCUGGGAUUUCUCCACUAGCGUCCGUAACACGGACCGGUCAGAACUGCCCGAGUCUGAGCUAUAGGGCAGAACCUCUGCUCUCCCAGAGACUGGAACACUGGUCACGUGUCUUGCCAAUGACUCCACCAUGUUCGUGGUUUCAGAGGGAGAGUAGUGUUUGCUGCUAGAGAGAGUUCACAUGAGUCUGAUUGAGUCUGACCUCUCCAUUUCCCAUACAGAUGGGUUUCUGGGGUAGGUUUGCCUCCAGACAGAGAGUGUGUGUGUGUGUGUGUGUGUGUGUGUGUGUGUGUGUGUGUGUGUGUGUGUGUGUGUGUGUGUGUGUGUGUGUGUGUGUGUGUGUGUGUGUGUGUGUGUGUGUGUGUGUGUGUGUGUGUGUGUGUGUGUGUGUGUGUGUGUGUGUGUGUGUGUGUGUGUGUGUGUGUGUGUGUGUGUGUGUGUGUGUGUGUGUGUGUGUGUGCGCGCGCGCGAGUACAUGAGACCCUGCUGCAUGUGAUGUCUGCCCAGAACAGGGGAGCUACUGUGUAGAUUUUUCUUACACAAAAUUGUUUCAACUGUGUUUAAAAAAAAAAAAAAAGAAAGAAAUGUUUUUUUGUUAAGAAAAUAAAGAAAGGAUUCACAAAAAAAGGCUGACGUCAUCCAGA